AUGUUUCGGAAGUCUGGCCGCUGCUGCAUGAAAUACGCCAACCUGGAGCUCACCACCAGAGGAGAGUUUCCGCACGGAAUGAAGGAGCCUGGGUUUGUGAAGAAACUGGACAAGAACAUUCCUUGGUACUUUUCGACAUACCGCUCAAUGUAUCACUGGCCUAUCGCUGGAGAAGGUUGGAGCGAUCUAAACGAACCCGAAAAGCACCACGAUCUUCAUAUGUACUACACACUGGCGUGGUGGAAACUCGGCGAGGGUAUUUUCGAUGCUGACGAUGAGGAUCGCUGA